AUGCCUCGCCAGUCACGGCGCCUCUUGGCCACCCAAAGCAACAAUGACACUGAAGACAAUGAUGUCCAAAAGGAUGACGAUGAACCAGAGGUUCCCAAGGUGAAAAAGAGGAUAAAGGGAACCACUGCCAAGACCAAACAAGUCACUCCAAAGAAAAGAAAAACGACUGCCAAUGACAAUGACGACAGCGAUACAGAAUUUACGGUUUCUGAUUCGUCGACUACUGCCAGCAGCAGCAAAGCCAGUCCCAAGAAAAAGAGCGCGGCAAAGACCAAAACCAAAAAAGUGACCAAGAGAAAGGGGACCACCACCAAAAAGACAGCCACCCAGAAAACAGCCACCACAGGCGCAAUGACUGCCGAAGAUGGGAGCGAUACCGGCAGUGAUGUAGAAACAAAAUCUCAAUCCACUACCAAUACAAAGAAGAAAAAGACCACGAGAAAGAAAAAGGCCCCGAUCCAAUCCAUUACGGAACGGGAUGAAUUGCCCAAACUAUGCAAUCCAAAUGACAACCAACACAGUAACAGUUACCUGCUCAAAAUUGCCACAUGGAAUGUCGCGGGUCUCCGAGCUGUUCUCCGAAAGGACCCCGAUGCCUUGGCCACAUUGGUCGCACAACACAAUAUCGAUAUUUUGUGUCUUCAAGAAACCAAAGUCCAAGAAAUGCACCUCGACGAUCCCAAACUGAAAUUGCGAGGACACUUGUUGGAAGCGGAAGGAUACGAUGCCUACUACAGUUGUUCCACUGCCCGUAAGGGAUACGCCGGAACGGCAGUGUUUGUCAAGCGAGCCUGUGGGCUAGUGCCGGACAAAGUAUCUUAUGGACUAGGCAUGGAAAAACACGAUGCCGAAGGCCGUGUCAUUGUCUUGGAUUUUGCAGGAUUCAGCCUGGUCAAUCUGUAUGUGCCCAAUUCGGGUCAAAAACUGGAUCGACUCCAGUACCGCACCGAAGAAUGGGACAAGGAUUUGCUGGCAUUUCUGCAACACAAACAGAAGGAUGGUCCCGUCAUGUGGUUGGGCGAUCUCAAUGUGGCUCACCUCCCUUUCGAUGCCUACAAUUUUGGAGCCAAACAUUUGGACAAACAGGCCGGAUUGACACCACAAGAACGGGCAUCCUUUCAAGCACAACUGGAUGCUGGAUUUGUCGAUGCCUUUCGUCACUUGCAUCCCAAUGCCAAGGGACACUACACCUACUGGAGUCAACGAGCGGGAAAUCGCGAACCCAAUCGAGGACUGCGAUUGGAUUACUUUGUCUGCGAUCCCACAUUCUUUCGUGAUGACGACGACACGGCAGCAACAAGAGUCAUUGCCCGGGAUUCCUACAUGAUUCCAGAGCAAAUGGGAAGCGAUCAUUGUCCGGCUGUGUUGGAAUUGGAAAUUAUUAAACCGUGA